AUGGGCCAGGGGGACGAGAGCGAGCGCAUCGUGAUCAACGUGGGCGGCACGCGCCACCAGACGUACCGCUCGACGCUGCGCACGCUGCCCGGCACGCGGCUGGCCUGGCUGGCCGAGCCCGACGCCCACAGCCACUUCGACUAUGACCCGCGCUCGGACGAGUUCUUCUUCGACCGCCACCCGGGCGUCUUCGCGCACAUCCUGAACUAUUACCGCACGGGCAAGCUGCACUGCCCGGCCGACGUGUGCGGGCCGCUCUACGAGGAGGAGCUGGCCUUCUGGGGCAUCGACGAGACCGACGUGGAGCCCUGCUGCUGGAUGACCUACCGGCAGCACCGCGACGCCGAGGAGGCGCUGGACAGCUUCGGUGGCGCGCCCCUGGACAACAGCGCCGACGACGCGGACGCCGACGGCCCCGGGGACUCGGGCGACGGCGAGGACGAGCUGGAGAUGACCAAGCGGCUGGCUCUCAGUGACUCUCCCGACGGCCGGCCCGGCGGCUUCUGGCGCCGCUGGCAGCCGCGCAUCUGGGCGCUCUUCGAGGACCCUUACUCAUCCCGCUACGCGCGGUAUGUGGCCUUCGCCUCUCUCUUCUUCAUCCUGGUCUCCAUCACGACCUUCUGCCUGGAGACCCAUGAGCGCUUCAACCCCAUCGUGAACAAGACGGAGAUUGAGAAUGUUCGGAAUGGCACGCAGGUGCGCUACUACCGGGAAGCCGAGACGGAGGCCUUUCUUACCUACAUUGAAGGUGUCUGCGUGGUCUGGUUCACCUUUGAGUUCCUCAUGCGUGUGGUCUUCUGCCCCAACAAGGUGGAGUUCAUCAAGAACUCACUCAACAUCAUUGACUUUGUGGCCAUCCUCCCCUUCUAUCUGGAGGUGGGCCUCAGUGGCCUGUCUUCCAAGGCUGCCAAGGACGUCCUAGGCUUCCUGCGUGUCGUUCGAUUUGUUCGCAUCCUGCGAAUCUUCAAGCUGACCCGCCACUUUGUGGGCCUGAGGGUCCUGGGCCACACCCUCCGCGCCAGCACCAAUGAGUUCUUGCUGCUCAUCAUCUUCCUGGCCCUGGGCGUGCUCAUCUUUGCCACCAUGAUCUACUAUGCCGAGAGGAUAGGGGCGCAGCCCAACGACCCCAGCGCCAGUGAGCACACGCACUUUAAGAACAUCCCCAUCGGCUUCUGGUGGGCAGUGGUCACCAUGACGACGCUGGGCUACGGAGACAUGUACCCGCAGACGUGGUCGGGCAUGCUGGUAGGAGCACUGUGUGCGCUGGCGGGCGUGCUGACCAUCGCCAUGCCCGUGCCCGUCAUCGUGAACAAUUUCGGGAUGUACUACUCCUUAGCUAUGGCUAAGCAGAAACUACCAAAGAAAAAAAAGAAGCAUAUUCCACGGCCACCGCAGCUGGGAUCUCCCAACUAUUGUAAAUCUGUCGUAAACUCUCCACACCACAGUACUCAGAGUGACACAUGUCCGCUGGCCCAGGAAGAAAUUUUAGAAAUUAACAGAGCAGAUUCCAAACUGAAUGGGGAGGUGGCGAAGGCCGCGCUGGCGAACGAAGACUGCCCCCACAUAGACCAGGCCCUCACUCCCGAUGAGGGCCUGCCCUUUACGCGCUCGGGCACCCGCGAGAGAUACGGACCCUGCUUCCUUUUAUCAACUGGGGAGUACGCGUGCCCACCUGGUGGAGGAAUGAGAAAGGAUCUUUGCAAAGAAAGCCCUGUCAUUGCUAAGUAUAUGCCGACAGAGGCUGUGAGAGUGACUUGACCAGGCGGCUUGGCCGAGGACACUGGUGGCUAUUAAGCAUCUGGGUGGACCUGCAGCCCUCCUCACCCUCGGACAGAGUAAAUUCACGCCAUGCAGGUUUGCCGGACGAGUCCGAGUGGCCCAGGCAUUGUACUAGGACGGACGUAGCUUUUCCUACGGCCAAAUGGUAACUGACCGUAGAGGAUUUCUUUUCCUUCUUUUCAUUUUUUUUAAAGUUCUCUUUUAUUUGGGGAGGGGGUGGAGGGACCCCUUAGCAUGACUUGCAUGAAGUUAAACAGAAACCCAGCAAAACCAAACCCACAAAUCCCUUGCAACUGUAUGAUUACCCCAAACACCACCAAUAAUGGAAAGAAAAGGCAAAAGUCCUCUAUUUUCUUUCAGAGCAUUUACUUUUCUACGCAAUGUCAGAGCCAAACUGUAAUGGCGUUCGGUAGAAGUCUGUACAUUCCUGAGAGGGGGCGGCGGGGAGGAAGGCUGGGGCCAGGGAACGCAUUGCUUCCCUUUUGUACACACGAUCCAGAGUAAAGGUUUCAAAAAGGGCAGCUGGUCGGUCACUCAUCGGUCAUAUUGACCUCACCUUCAUAGUUCAUCUCUCACGCGGAAACCGAGAACUUUCUCCAAACAGGACUGCGGAAACUUGCACUGCCGCCCCCUGUCUCGGCUUGGCAUGCUUGUGACCCAGCGGACGUCUCCCCAAGAUCCCCAUCUCCCCACAGCGGCUAGUUUAGGUUGACUCUCUCGUCUUAUGGGUGUGUAGACCCAGUGUGACUAGCUUUCAUAACAAAUUGUUCAUAGUAACCAAGCAGCACCGAAUGGAUUUUCCAAGUGUCAUUUCAAACCAGGAUGUAGAACCACAGAAGUUCAGGACCACUGGAGGGGCAUCCCCCUCCACCUUUAUUAAGGCACAACCUGGCAUUGUAUGCAAUUUAGUACUUCAGAGUAAAACAAAAACUCCUGCAUGCCCAAUGUUAUGCAAAGAGAUUCGAGCAUGAAAUAAAUUUUGUAUCAUGAUUUUGUCUAGUCUAAAGCAGAUUUGUUUUCCUGAAGCCAUUGGAGGUUUGCAGAGACGCGCUUCUGCAUCCCGAAUAAAUAUAGUAUUUUCCCAACAGAAACAGAGGACAGUAGCUUGGCUUUGGUCUGAUUCUAAAAUUAGUGUGUGUGGGGGGAAGGAUGGUAUUUUUGAAAAAACACAUGCUUGCGUUGAAAAAAAAUUGCAACAUCUCAAGCCUUCACUGCAACGUUUCCUGGAAAGAGAGCAACGAUGCUUUAUAGCUCACCAGCCUCCCCUCCCUGGGCCCUGGCCCUGGAAAUAAAAAGCUGACUUUGGAGAUGAA